AAAAUUUUCACCAUUACUUUUUGUGGGUUUGGAGAAGUAGCCAUAUUUGAUAGAUUUUUGAUUUCAGGGAGAUUUCAAAAGUUAUUUGGGUAUAUUGUGAAUUGAUACCAUCAUGACUUUGUUAAUCUUUAGAUUUGUUUGUUCACAUUAUGCUGUGGUGGUGAUAACUUGAGUUGAUUUAGCUGAGAAACGUUAUCAUUCAGGCAGUGCAGUUCAUUCUACUCUCCCACCAAGAAAAAAUGAUAAUAAUUCUAAACAUGCUCUCGAGAGAAAGGAUGAUAUAAUUUGAACCAAGUUGGAAAUGGCUUCACCGAAUGAUGAAGAUCCUAGUAGUAAUAAAGGCAGAAUGUGGGCUGUACAUCAGGAGUUUGAUCAACCGAUGGAUAAUGAUGCUGGGAGGCUUAAGAAUAGAUAUGAUAACAAGGUUUCAGCUUUAGUCCUGCUGCAGCUUGCAUUCCAAAGCCUUGGAGUGGUUUAUGGAGACUUGGGGACAUCUCCUUUGUAUGUUUUCUAUAAUACAUUUCCUGAUGAGAUUAAGGAUCCUGAGGAAGUGAUUGGAGCUCUCUCAUUGAUUAUAUAUUCCCUUACUCUCAUACCACUUCUCAAGUAUGUCCUUAUUGUUUGUAGAGCCAAUGAUAAUGGUCAAGGAGGAACGUUUGCUCUUUACUCUUUACUCUGUAGACAUGCAAACAUAAAGACUAUCCCUAACCAAGAUCGAACUGAUGAGGAGCUAACAACUUAUAGGCAUUGCACAUUCUAUGAAAAAUCAGUUGCUGCAAAGACAAAGAAGUGGCUGGAGAAAAAUGCAUUUAGGAAGAAUGCACUUCUUAUUCUUGUACUUGUUGGCUCUUGCAUGGUGAUUGGAGAUGGGAUUCUCACUCCUGCAAUUUCAGUUUUAUCGGCCGUGAAAGGAAUCAAAAUGGAGCAUUCUGAGAUUAGUGAUGAUUUGGUGGUCAUUAUUGCAGUCGCAAUAUUAGUGAUUUUGUUCAGUGUGCAAUACCAUGGCAUAGACAAAUUCAGUUGGCUCUUUGCUCCAAUUGUGUUCCUGUGGUUCCUUCUAAUUGGAGGCAUUGGCAUAUUCAAUAUUUGCAAAUAUGAUAGGAAUGCUUUAAAAGCCUUCUCACCUCUAUAUAUAUAUUGGUACCUGAAGAAAGGGAGAGGAGGUGGUUGGACCUCCCUUGGAGGUGUUAUACUUAGUAUAACAGGAACAGAAGCCCUUUUUGCAGAUUUAUCCCACUUUUCAGUCUCAGCCAUUCAAAUUGCUUUUACAGUUGUAGUAUUUCCUAGCCUUCUAUUGGCUUAUACUGGACAAGCUGCCUACCUAAUGAAAAACAAAGAGAAUGUACUUGACGCAUUUUAUCUAUCUAUUCCAGAAACCAUAUACUGGCCAGUGCUUGUAGUUGCAACUUGUGCUGCUGUUGUUGCUAGCCAAGCCACUAUAUCUGCAACCUUUUCAUUAAUCAAGCAGGCCCUCGCAGUUGACUGUUUUCCAAGAGUUAAAGUUGUUCACACGUCCAAGAAAUUACAAGGCCAAAUAUAUAUUCCAGAUAUUAAUUGGGUCCUUAUGAUUCUCUGCAUUGCUGUGACUGUUGGAUUCAAAAACCAAAUCCAAAUUGGAAAUGCUUCUGGAGCUGCAGUUAUCAUUGUCAUGCUGGUGACAACAUUCCUUAUGGUUCUAGUGAUGCUCCUAGUAUGGCGCUGCCAUUGGAUCCUUGUCCUGAUCUUCACGAGCCUAUCUAUUGUCGUGGAAGGCACUUACUUUGUUGCUGUGCUUUUCAAGAUCAACCAAGGUGGUUGGGUUCCUCUUGUCAUCGCAGCAAGUUUCUUCAUAAUCAUGUCUUUAUGGCAAUAUGGCAGUGCAAAACGCUACGAAUUUGAAAUGCAGAGUAAGGUUUCCAUGGCAUGGAUUCUGGGACUUGGCCCUAGUUUAGGGCUAGUAAGGGUGCCUGGCAUUGGACUUAUGUACACAGAGCUAGCCCACGGGGUGCCUCACAUCUUUGCCCACUUCAUCACCAACCUGCCAGCCAUCCAUUCUGUUGUUAUCUUCGUCUGCGUCAAGCAUCUCCCUGUGUACACAGUUCCAGAAGAAGAAAGGUUUCUGGUGAAGCGAAUCGGACCCAGGGAUUUCCAUAUGUUCCGCUGUGUUGCAAGAUAUGGCUACAAGGACCUCCAUAAAAGGGACGAUGAGUUUGAGAACAAGCUGUUCGAGACCCUUUUCGCAUUUGUCCGGCUUGAUUCCAUGAUGGAUUACUGUUCUGAUUCCGAUGCGUACAGUUCAUGUGAUCAGGAGCAGAUUGAGCAGCCAAAAGAUGGCCAUACUGAUGAAAUUUCCUCUGUCGGGGAGCCCGCAAGUGGUUCACCGGUGGAAGCAAAACAAAUGGAGAAUGAUGAGUUGACACUUCUCAGGAAUUGCAGAGAUGCUGGGGUGGUGCAUAUACUAGGAAAUACAGUAGUUCUAGCAAGGAAAUCUUCAGUGUUGUACAAGAAAUUAGCAAUUAAUUAUGGGUAUUCUUUUUUGAGGAAGCUGUGUAGAGAAAACAGCAUGAUUUUAAAUGUUCCUCAUGAAAGUCUUUUGAAUGUUGGACAAGUUAUUUAUGUAUAAUACAAAGUACAUUCAAUUC